CGUUGUGGUCGGCCAUCUUGUUUUCACGCCCCACGUUUUCCCGUCAAUUGUUCUUUGUAAACAUGACUUCUUCCCUUGCAGUACACUAUUGAUAUCAUAAAUAUGAUUGGGGAAUGAUAUAACAGUGUAUUGUUAAGAAGUCAAAACGGUUGCCUGUUCACGUAAAUGCUCACCGACGACUUCUAAUUCGUAGCUUGUAGCAUAGCUAACAGUGGAGUUUAGCACUUCAGUCCGAGUGUCGUGUUUUCCCUUUCUUAACGAUGACGUCUCUGAAGCUGUUGUCAGUGGAACCAUCAGAUCGGGGCUCGCAGAGGUGCAGGCUCGGUCCGGGUUUGAUGUCGGCGCUGGGCUUCGGUGCGGGCUCCCCGGUGUUGCUGUCUCUUCCCGGGGGAAGCUGCCUGUGCUCCGCCUGGCCCAGGUCUGACCUGGCCGAGGGCUUCCUGCAGGCGGACAUGAAGUGCUGCUCGCCGUCGCUCAUCAGGCGUCCGCCGUCACGCCUCACUCUGGAUCCCGAGCAAGUCGCGCUCGUCCCGUGUCCCGAACUGAAAGGAAUGAAGAUAAGCGUGGUCGUCCGAAGUGUUGAAUUCAAGAGGAACAGCCCCCCUCGUUUUGUGCAUGAGCUUGUGAAAGACAUGCUGAAAGGGGCUCUGGUGCAUAGGAGGCACGUCAUAAGCCUGGAGGAUUUCGACACGGACAUUAGAUACGUUGUCGUCGAAAACCUCUAUCCGGAUACUAACGAAGCCGGACUUGUCGCCUCCAAAACCAGUGUGGAGAUCGCUGGCAUCCAAACUGUCAGGCACUUCAAGAGCCUUCUGCAGGGCCAGGCCACAGCGCCUUUGGGGGGCCUGGAGGAGGUGAGCGCGUCGCUGAGAGAGAUGCUGCAGCUGCCGCUUCUCUAUCCUGGCACCCUGGCUUCUCUCGGGGUGUCGUGUCCCAGGGGCGUGCUGCUCGUGGGGCCGCCGGGCGUCGGGAAGACCCAGCUGGUUCGGAAAGUGGUCGGAGAAGCUGGCGCCGGCCUGGUGGUGGUCAGAGGGCCAGAGGUUGUGCGGUCACGCCCGGGCGAGAGCGAGGAGCUGUUGCGAGCCGUGUUCGCGCAGGCGCGCAGCACAGCAGAGGAGGGUCCGUGCGUACUCUUUUUGGACGAGUUGGACUCUCUUUGCCCGAGAAGAAGCGGCUCGUCCGCACCGGAGAACCGCCUGGUGGCUCAGCUCCUCACGCUGAUGGAUGGGGCGGACCGAUCGGAUCGCUUCCUCGUCAUCGGUGCCACCAACCGUCCGGACGGCUUAGACCCGGCCCUGCGCAGGCCUGGAAGAUUUGACAGAGAAGUUAUCAUUGGGCCUCCCACCUUAAGGCAGAGAGCAGCUAUCUUGUCGGUUCUGUGCGAGAAGAUGCCGGUGUGUCGCAGCGUGGAUAUGACAGCGCUGGCACGGAGAACUACAGGUUAUGUCGGGUCAGACCUCAGCGCCCUGUGCAGGGAGGCCGCCAUGCAUGCUAUGCGGGAAAACGCAAAGGGUUUAGGGGAGCAGACGUUGCUACUGAAACAUUUCCUCGAAGCUCAGAAGUUGGUGCGACCUUCUUGCCUGCGGAGCAGCCUGGGCCGGACGGAUCUCUCUCCUGUGACCUGGGAGCAGGUCGGCGGUCUUGAUGACAUUAAAGUGAAACUGAGACAGAGUAUCGAAUGGCCAGCGAUGUACCCCGAAGCUUUCUCCCGCCUGGGUCUGCGUCGGCCUCGUGGCGUGCUCCUCUACGGGCCUCCGGGGUGCGCCAAGACAACGCUGGUCCGAGCGGCGGCCUCUGCCUCAAAUUGUACCUUCCUGUCCGUUAGCGGCGCCGACCUCUACUCGCCCUACGUGGGAGACUCAGAGAAGGCCUUGUCACAGCUGUUUCGUCAAGCGCGGGCCUGCGCUCCGUGCGUCCUGUUCCUGGAUGAGAUCGACUCUGUGAUUGGCUCGCGGUGCAGCGGUCAGGCGCCGAACAGCGUUCAGACUCGACUCUUGUCCGUGCUCCUCGACGAGAUGGACGGCGUCGGCCUGAAGACGCUGGAAAGGAGGGGCACGCAGAAGAUCCUCCAGGUGGAGGGAGCAGAGGAGAGUCAAACUCCAGAGCAGAUGGACAGCCAGGACGUGUGCAACAAAGACGUGAUGGUUGUAGCAGCUACAAACAGACCCGACUGUUUGGACAGUGCCCUUCUGAGGCCCGGCAGACUGGACCACGUUCUCUAUGUGCCGCCACCAGACCAGCAGGCCCGUCUGGCCAUCCUGAAGGUGCGCACAAAGUCCAUGCCUCUGGAUCCCGACGUGCGUUUGGAGGAGCUGGCUGCUGGGACUGAUCUUUAUUCUGGAGCUGACCUGGAAAAUCUUUGCAAAGAGGCUGCUCUGCUGGCGUUAGAAGAAAACAUGGACGCGUCUAGCAUCAAACACACGCACUUCUUGCAGUCGCUCAAGACAACCACACCCUCUCUCACAGCCCAGCAAAUCCAAACAUACCAGAUAACAUCUGAUCAGAACAUUUAAA